UCUCUAUAUAAACUACUACCAUUCUCCAAACUAAUUCGUUGAGCCUCCGAUUAUUAGUAUUUCUAAUAAUCACCAAUAAUGAUCAGCUCAUACCCCACGGCCGCCGCCACCACCACCAUCACCACCGUCGAUUGCGAGAAACAAGUCCGUUCGUGGCGACUCCUCCGCUCUCUAGUGGAGUUACUCAUCCCGAGUUGUUAUUGUACCUUUGUUGAACCCACAGAGCCUGUCCUGAGUAAAAAAUCCGUUUCAUCCUUCAACUAUCAUAGGCCAUCAUUUACCUCGAACACAACAAAUAUUACGGGUACCAUUUUCGGGUAUCGUAAAGGAAAAGUCAAUUUUUGUAUCCAAACAAACCCUAAUUCCUCUACCCCGCUUCUUCUCCUUGAACUCGCGAUUUCUACUUCUACCCUAGCACGUGAAAUGCGUGGAGGGCUACUAAGAAUCGCGCUCGAGAGUUCCAAUAACGUUGCUGGAAAUGAAAAUUCUUUCCUUCUGUCCAUGCCUGUAUGGACAAUGUAUUGUAAUGGGAAAAAAGUCGGGUUCGCGGUAAAGAAAAAACCUACGAAACCCGAUUUACAAGUGUUGAACCAAAUGGAAAGUGUAGUUGUGGGUGCUGGCACUAUUCAUGGUAAAGAGAUUAAUCGCGAUGACGAUAUAAUGUAUCUAAGAGGAAAAUUUGAAAGGGUUCAUGGAUUUUCAGACUCAGAGUCAUUCCAUUUAAUCGAUCCUGAAGGAAGUAUGGGACAACAAUUGAGCAUUUUCUUUCUCCGCUCCCGUUCUAACUGAAUUGAUCAUAAUGUCUGAAUCAGUUUAGACAAAAUAUCGAUAAUUAAGAGUUGUCUAGAGUUUUUAAUUGCAAUGCGUAGUUUCUUACUUAUUUUUUUCCCUUUUUCCCUCCUAGGUUAUGAGUUUUAUACUUUGGUAUUGCAUGGCAACACCUCAUGUGUUUUUCGAGCUGUG